AUGUCAGAACCUCGUCAACUUCGCUCUCGUAAGCCUGUUGUCGUUCCACCCCCCGUGGUGGGUAGAGGCAAUGCUUCCACCAAGAAGGGAGCAGUGAAGGCGGCACAAAGCACACAAAACGAUAGUGUGACAGAUGCUGAGACUGGCGGCGAUGUCGUCGGGAAGACUGCACCAACUCAGGCCACAGGCCUUCAUACCCGAGUCAGGAAGGUCACUGAUGCUGUAGUCAACACCACCGUCGACGAUGCUCCUACACCGGCUGCUGCUCAACCUAGUCGGGCCAAAAAAAAUAAAGCCAAGCCUGUAAAGAAGAAUCUACCGAGUCAGUCGGACCCCAAAAACUCGGAGGCUGUAGUCAACACCGCCGUCGACGACACCCCUACUCCGGCACGUUCCAGGCCUAGUCGGGCCAAAAAAAACAAGUCCAAGGCAGAAACAAAAAUUCUACCAAGUGAUUCUGAACCCGAAAAGUCUGCGGACAACAUCAGGAUCAUGGACAACCAAGAUGGGAACGACGCCAAUCAGUUGCUGGAUUCCGAUCAACUGAAGGGGAUCGUUGACGACGGAAAAAACCCCUUCGUCGACAAUGACUCCACUGAUGCGGUCCCUGGAGGGAGUGGUGCGGCGUCUGGGACUGGGACCAACUCGGCUCUGGUCAAGCUCAGUCUGAAAAAGUCAUUCCGCAUGUAUGGCCUCAAGCAAGUGGUGGAGAAGAUUGCUGAUCCAGACGCAACACCUACGCAGGAACUUAUAUCCCACGCCAAUCGAGUCAUAGACAAUCUGACCGUAGCGGCUGAAGACGUGUUCUUUAACAGAGAUCCGAAGAUCCAGCAAUCUUAUCUGGAGAACUCCAUGCCUGCACGCCGCGCUGACAGUAUGGGGGGCAAGGGGUUGUCUGGUUCGAUUGGCUUCGGCCUGCCGUUGUCCGUCCAGGCCACAUUGACUUCUGCAUCUGUCAGAGUUUCUCCCCCAAUGGAGGGCACGUUUUCAAUCAAGUCAACUCUCAUUCCGACAAAUGAUUCGUCUGGUAUCUUUCCCUCUUCACCCAUUCCUGGCCCCACUCAGGCUGAGCCUCGUUCCCGUGGCCUAUACACGUUACAGAACAGGCCCGACGUACCCUCGCUCCUUCUUGUUGAUCCUACAUUGGCCUAUCGUGAACCCAAGACCCCUGACCCGGCGUCCAGUGAUGACGAAUUCGAUUCGACGAUGCCAUCAGAUGAUAAGAUGCCCCUCCCUCCGCCGUCAUCUCUUCCGCAUCCAGUUACGGUUUACUUCUGCCGUAUUGGCAGAGUCAUGGAAGGGAUGGGUUAUAUCGGACAUCGAUCGAGAAUUCGGCUAGCCACCGAUGCUCACCCUGCCCACCAGUAUACCAAGUAUACUUGCUGGCACAAUCGGGCGAGUGAACGAUGGGAGGCUCUCCCCGAAGGCUACACCACCGAUCCCCCUCCUGCGACGAACCGUCUUGGCGAGGUGGAGGUAUGGUGGGAGGAAGCGGAGAUAUUGGCAAGGCAUCGGGCUAAACGCUUGGCGGCAAAGAAAGCACAGUCUAGUGCACAACCAGAGUCAGGGGGCGAAGCUGAGUCAGGCGACGAUCCAGAGUUGGGUGAUGAAGCAGGGUCAGGCGACGAAGCAGAGACGGGCGACGAUGGACACGAAACAGACGCAGAGCACGAAGCAGAAGGGGGCCAGGAGGCAGAGUCAAGCCAUCGGAGACGCCAACCUGCCCACAUCAUCCAUGGCAAUCAACUUCCUCAGGCACAGUGCAUACCGGACGACGAACCAGACUCAGAGGCCGACUUACAGAUUGACCACCAACGUCCUGGGUACAGGACAGAGUCUACAUUGACGCCCAGUGACUAUAGUGAGUCCACGAAGGCAAAAUUGAAGCAACGUGAACAUGCUCAAAAGAAUCGGGGACCUGGACACGACGAGAUGAACACUGAGGAGGAGGAGGCUGAUGACGAAAGGAUAAUGAAGGAAGCCGAUGAACAGGAUGACCGUCGUCGAAUCAAGAGCAAAAAGGCUUCGAAGAAAGUUUCACCACCAGGUGACGUAUCCAGGGAGGGGGAGGUUCGACGUCGUUUGGUUAAGGGCAAACGUCCUGCACCAAGACCUUCAGCAGGCAAUGACGAGUUGGGCGAGGCAGGCACGGAGUUUACGCGGAUUCUACGUCGUUUGGUGGCAAGUAAGCCACCUCCACAGAGGCCUUCAGGAGACAGUGACGGAUCAGGCGUAGGUGGUGCAACCGAAAGUCCCCAUGCACGCCCUGUUGCUACUGCAAAGGCACUGGGAAAGAAACGCGCCGAUCCCGCUGGCGAAGAAAAGCGAGGCCGUUACUCAGCUCACGAGUUAGAUCAAGUCAAAGAGCUGUCCGACACCAUUGUCGCGUACUGCAAGGACAUGGGCCGUACACCCGAAUCCGUCCUACGCAAAGGGGGCUUCAAUGUUUCCCUUGCUCGUCAGCCAUCCUGGUGGGACGUAUGGCAGAUGUACUUGCGUAUUCAGACUUACAAUCCACAAUCAAGUGCCAAUCUAGGCUCGUGGUCAGCCCAGGCUGCGGUGAUGUACAAGCAGCUCAACGAGUCGUUGUCAGGGGACGAGCUGGAGGAGUUCCAGCAGAAUAUGCUCGUCGAGUUGGCACAGAGCAAGUCAGAGACGGAGGGGCACGAAUUCAAGAUGACGAAAACGGCGCUGAAGCAAGUGCAAGAUCUUGCUAUAGCGUUGGGAAGGGCGGGCGUGGACUUGAUUGGGGUCAUCAUACCUCGAGAUCCUGUGGCAAACCAGGCCGCUACCGUUAUCACUGGCAAUGACAAGCUGCAACGCGUGAUCGAGCAUUGUCAAGCGGACGUUAAGAAGACGCUUCAUCUUUUAACAACUCUCCUUCGGGGAAUGGAUUCUAACUUCAUUGUACCCGAAUCUGUGGACUUCUCGCAACUCCUGGGGGUUGAUUUCUCGAACGUGGUCACAGAUCCCAAUGGCUCAAGUGCAGUGCCGGACCCUCCGAUUGUCAAUCCCCCAGCGCACAGGAAGGCAUCCAAAUCUCUGGCAAAAAAAGCGAAGUCCUCCAAAGGUGUGGCAAGCUCUACCGACCCCGAUUUAAACCUCCCCAUUACGGCCGUUCCUGCCUCUUAUUGGCUUUGCCGUCCCAUCGAAACACCUAGAGAUCGCUCAAGAAGAUGUGUACCUUACCUACUGAGGUUUGACAUUGCGGAAUGUGCAGGUCCUGAGAUAGCGUCGGCGUCAGCGUUGUGGGCCAACUUUUUCACCCACUGCCGUGAUGCUAAGAUGGUUCUUGAACGUUGGCCUUGCAACGAACCCAUCCCUGGGGCAAAGGGAUGGUCGAUUACCGACAUCAGUUCGAAUGGAAUCAAUUUGAUUUUCACAUACAUGAUUAGCAAGGACGAGACGAAGAACCUGGCCCCUCAAAUUGUCUUAUGGUCAGAUGAUUACACGGACUUGGUGGUGGGGAGUGAGGAGUGGUUGGACAUACCGAUCGUUACGGGCGAAUCUGAAUCAGGGGAGCUCGUGGUCCUCGCCCGUGUCAAAAACUGCGCGCCUGAGGUGGAGAACGCUGCUCGUCAAAACGAUGGAGGCGCUGACUGCCCUCCACUACUCCGUGCCAGAGUGCGUAGCCAGAUUAUGGAAGAUAAUACCUUGAAGGUCAUCAAAAAAAAGAAGACAACGACGACCUCCACACAAGUUGGCCGGCAGAAGCGCAAAUUGCGGGAGGAGCCGAAGCCUUCAGGAGCAGGUGUCGAGGCGGAAAAACUUACGUCUUCGGAUGGGGAAACUCAGGACGACCCUCGCGCUCCUGUAAUCUCCCCCAUUCGUUCCCCUCCAGCCAAACGUGUCCGUCGCCAGGAGUUGGUAGGCCAAGGGAUUGUUUUGGGUUCACGGCCAGUGCGUGAGAUCCAAGGUGGACCCAGAGAUGGCGGUUGGGAGAGUCAAGAUGGGCCGCUUCCCCAGAGCAUGUCCCAGGGCCCAGACAAUGAGCGCGGGCUGGACCAAGUGCAUGGUUCACGUGGGAUGUCCCAGCAGCGGAAUACUCAUAACGAGGCUGGUUCAGACCGUGCUGGUGGCUCUCGUCUGAGGGCAUGGAAUGAUGCCGAAGGCUGCGAUCACAAUAACUUCGACACUGAUGUGAAUAUGUAUGACGAAGACGACGCUUUCAUGGACGAGUAUCAGACUACGAGGUUCGAACCCUCUUUUUCCAUGCAGGAUCACUAUCACCGACCACCGCCCCAGUUCUCAAAUAACCAACAUUAUGGCCACCAUCCACGACAGUAUGCAACAUCUGACUUUGGUGGAAGAGGCCGUGGUCUCCGCUCCCAAUUUCGAGGACAUGCUCGUCCGUAUGACUCUAAUGGCUACUAUGGCCGAGGAAACGAAGGGUUCACUGGGCAUGGCCCUCGCAGGGUUGGACGCGGGCAUUCGGAGAAUGGCGAUGAAGAGCGAUUCACAGAUGGUGGCGUGUUACGUCGACGACACCCUAGUGAGGGCCGUGGAUUCUGA